AUGGCUCUCAACUUCGGUCGAUCCAUCUCAUUCCCUCUCACGCCGGCGAGGACGUUCUCCAAGCCUCGCUACCUCCGCUCCGUCAGCCUCCCCGGCACCACCUCCUCCCACCCGCUCCUCGCCAACCUCCACGCCCACAUGGCCGCCCUCCAUUCCUGGAUCCAGCAGGGCCCUUCCUCCUCCCUCCCGUCCGGCCUCGCCGCCAUCCAGGCGCUCCACUCCUCCCUCGCCGACCUCCUCCUCCUCCCGGAGUCUGGGGCCGCGCUUCGGUGCCCUACCAGCAACGCCGCUGACCGCCUCCUCGACGCCUUCCUCCUCCUUGCCGACGCGCACCAGGGCUUCCAGGGGUACCUCCUGUCGCUCAGGCACACCGCCACCGAGUCCCGCGCCGCGUUGCGCAGGGGCGACACCGGGAGGCUCGCGUCCGCUGCCAGGUCCCAGCGUCUUGCAGAGAAGGAGCUCGCCCGCCUCGCCGCGUCCGUCUCUGCCGUCUUCUCCAAGAGUGCGCGGCUGAACCUCGUCGCCGUUAGCAGCGAGGAGGGCGAGAUGGCCUACGCGCUCGUCGAGGCGGCCGCUGCCAGCGCCGUGUCCUCCGCGGCCGUGUUCUCGGCCGCCGCGUCUAUGUCGUCCGCGGCGUCCUCUUCCAAGAAGACGGCCACGUUUAUUCCUGUGUUCGCCAGGAGGACCGUCACGGGGACGCCGGAGACGGCGGAGGCCACAGUGGAGAGGCUGCGCGUGCUGGAGCGGUGCUUGGACGAGUGUGAUGGCGCAUGCGACAUGGUGUUCAAGAGCGUGGUGCAGACCAGGGUUUCACUGCUCAACAUCAUGACGCCUACCAUCUAG